AAAGGUAAAUUAAUUUCUGUCUUUUAAGUGCUUGUGAACUUUUAUCAAGCAAAUUUACUGAUUAUUUUUGGGUAGUUUCUUAAAUAGUAAAUAAGAUUUUUAUGCAUCCAGAUUUACCUACUUACAUAACUUAACCUCGGAAGGCAAACAUGAUUACUUUUGUCCGCACGAACCGGCCAGACGCCAGUAUACUCUCAGUCUCAAUUGGCGACAGCCAAAGGCGGCACGUCCGCUUCGUGCACGUUUAAGUCUUAUCGUAAUGAUAAUGUGUUGUGUGUGAGUUCUCAAUUGCCGAAUGGAAUAACCUUAGAUACCAUUAAUUAAAACCAGUGAAGCAUUCUAUUUGUUGCUAAUUAAUUUGAAAUUUUUGAACAAAAUAUCAAAUCAUGCCUGCCAGAAAGAAAAUUAGAACUCCUCAACAGACGUGGGAAUAUGCCUCUUCGAAAUUGGUGCAUCUUAUUGAAAGGACAUUUUUUACACUUGGUGUGCUAGUUGCAAGGAACCCUUGGAGGACCAUAGGGUUUACCUGGCUUUUUAUAUUGUUGAGCUGCAUUGGAUUAUUGCAAUUCCAUAUUGAAAAAAACCCCAUGAAACUUUGGGUUCCACCAGAUUCUGAUUUCUUUUAUGACACAAAUUGGUAUAUUGAUAAAUUUGAAACAAUUUUUCGAUUGCAAAAGAUAAUAAUCACAGGUGAUGAUGUACUGCAACCACAUGUGUUAGGUGCCAUUAGUGAUAUAACAGAAAAGGUAAAUUCUAUACAAGUGAAACAUGAAAAUAAAACCUAUUCAGUCAGAGACUUGUGCUUUAAGGUUCCUGUGCUAAAGAUUUUUGGAUCAGACCGUGUAUCCAGAUCUGUAGACAUUUCCAGUGAGAACAACAGUUCUACAAACAUGAAAAGUUCACAUGAAUUCUUGGACACUAAUCUCUGGAUGGAUUCAGAUUUCUACUGUGGAUUUUUAAAUAACUUUCCUUUAAUUUGUCAUCAAUACAACAUUUUAGAUUUAUUUGAUAAGGAUAAUUUAAACCAUUCAACAAAACAUGAUAUUGUAAAUAAAAUAAAUUCUGUAAAAACCAACCCAGUUACUGGGCAUCCUAUGGACUUCACAAAAUUAUUAGGUGGUGUUGAACAUGACGAAAAUGGGGACAUAGUAUCUGCAAAUGCCAUUUUGAUAACAUGGUUCACAUCAGUUAACAUGUCGGCAGUUGAUAUCAAUGCUGUGGGCAAUCUAGUUGGCACUGAAGAUUGGGUUUCAGUACCAUUAGCCAUGUGGGAAAGAGAAUUUAUAAAUGUGAUGGAGAUUCUAUCAAAAAAUUUUACAGAACUCAAAGUAUUUUAUGAGGCAGGCAGAAGCUUUGCUGAUACUAGUGGAGAAGCAAUUUUGAAUGAAUUAGACAAGUUAUUUUUAGGUAUAAUAUUAAUGUUCUUUUACAUACAAUUUGCACUGUCCCGAUUUAAUUGGCUAGAGAUAAAGCUUACACUUGGCAGUGUUGGAUUGCUUAGUGUUGGCAUGGCAUAUGUUGCAGCAGUCAGCUGGUGUUCGAUAAUGCGUGUAUCCUUUGGACCAGUGCAUUCUUCAUUACCAUUUCUGCUAAUGGGUUUAGGUAUAGAUGAUAUGUUCGUAAUAAAUGCAUGUUGGAAAAAUCUAACAGAGGCGGAAUCUAAGAAGAGCCUUCCAAUCAAAAUAGGCCUCAUGUUAGAACACGCGGGAGUAUCUAUCGUCAUAACGUCUUUCACUGAUAUUGUUGCAUUGUUAGUUGGUGCUAUUACAAUUCUGCCUUCUCUUAAAUCGUUUUGUAUUUAUGCAGCUGUAGGAGUAUUUUUUAUAUUUUGCUUUACUGUUACGUUCUAUGUAGCAGUUUUUACAUUAGAUACACGACGCAUGGAAGAUAAUAGAAAUGGGGUGGUGUUUUGUUACAAACAUUCUAAACAAAUUAAAGUGUCGCAAGAUAGAACAAUAUUCCAAAAAGCUUUCGCGAUAUUUUAUGAAAAGUGUGUUUUUUCUGUGCCUGGUAAAAUAAUAAUUAUCAUAUUUACUUUGAUAAUGACAGGCUUCAGUAUAAUAGCAAUGCUUCGACUGGAGCAGAGAUUUGAUCCCAAAUGGUUCAUUCCAGAUGAUACUUAUUACAAAAAUUUUAUUAAUGCGCAUGAUUAUUAUUACCCGGAAGAAGGCUAUCCAUCGAUGAUAUUUUUAGGAGAAAUGUAUUAUCACGACGAAUUUAGUAAAUUACUAAAUUUCACCCAAAAGUUUGCCAAAGAACCUUACGUCACUGAAGUAUCAUCGUGGGUAGAAUAUUUUCAUGGUUAUGUAUUAGAAAACUAUGGUCGCGAUCUUAACGACGUAUCCGCAGUGACAAAGGAUGAAUUCAAUCAAUAUUUGUCAAAAUUCUUGUUUAGUUCUAUCGGCGGUAGGUUUCAACUAAGUUUUAGAUUUGAAAAACCAAUACAAUGCGGUCAUCCAACUACAGACAUAAAAGCAUCCUCAAUAGCUUUUAAAUUCAAAAAUUUCAAGGGUCCCGAAGAGUAUUUGCCGGCCAUGAACCAGGCAAAAGGAAUAGUUAAAUCUGCCCCGAUAUCAUCUGGGGACGGAUAUCGUAGCGUAUGGUCUAAAGUGUUUGGAAAUUGGGUGACUGAUGAGAUAAUAGCAUUAGAAGUGGAAAGAAAUGUCGAACUAGCAUUGUUGUGCGUGAUCGCGUGUACGGUUGUGUUGAUCACAAAUCUACAAAUGUGCUUUUGGAUAUUCUUGUGUGUUUUGUUGACGAUAGUAAAUGUGUUAGGUUGGAUGCAAAGGUGGGGGAUGACCGUGGAUAUAGUAUGCUGCAUAGGUCUCGAGUUGGCCAUAGGAUUGUGCGUGGAUUACGCGGCUCAUAUUGGUCACACCUUCCUGACAGUGUCCGAAGGAACCAGGACCGCCCGAGCCCUGAAGACCGUGACCUCUAUUGGUACGGCUGUAUUGUUAGGAGGAGGUUCAACACUUUUGUCUCUUUCUCUUCUCUGCAUGUCUAGAGCUUACACUUUCCAAUCAUUUUUCAAAAUAUUUUUGUUAGUGAUAUUGUUUGGUCUCUUCAAUGGAUUAUUCUUCCUACCUGUUGUUCUAUCUCUGAUAGGACCGGAUGCCUAUAGACCUAACGUAACCAAUGAAAGUGAAGCUGUAGAACUUAAAAGCGAACUAAGGAUUGUUUCUGAAGAAAUGCAGGAGCUCAAUGGGCAACCUGUUAAAAAAGAAAUAAAUAUGCUGUAUAUAUCUGAAACCUAUACAGAUACCUAGAAAUAAUCUGUUAGAUUAGCUACAAUGACAAUGAUAAUAUAAUCACUGGGAAUUAUAAUUUUGUAAUGAUUAAGAUUAUAUAUAGAAAUUUUAAAUAUACUGAAACAUAUUUUACACUUUCUUGUCACGUAUUUUUAUAUUUUGUCACAUAAUGACAAGAGAUGAUUUUUAUUCAAUUACAAAUACGACCUGAACAGAUAAGGUAGUUGCUUUUUUUAAAUUUCUGUGGGGAGCCAGAAAGAUCCGCGAGCAAAAUUGAAUUUUAAUAUUGAUAGCGUCAACACCACACAAUAUUUUUAUAUUCACUUUUUUUUCGUAAAUAUGUACUACUCAAUGUCAAGAUUUAAUUGAUAAGAUAAUAAUAAAUAAAUUUUACCCUUGCGUCCAAUCGGUCAAUCGACCACGCGUCUUAACAUCGUUUAAUCUUUUAUAGUCUUGGUUUUCGCAGAUUUACUAUUUUAUUAUAUUUUAAUAUUGAUCAAACUAAUCUUACAAGUUUUUGAGAAUAAGUUAGCUGUUUGUAAUUUUGCAUGUACUCGAAGUGCGUAGCAUAUUCUAAGAUUUUUUAGAGAUAAGCUGAAUCUCAAACUAUAACUAAUAAAAUAUUAUGAUUUACAAUAAAUAAAGUUAUACAGUUUUUUGUUACUUGUAAGUAAUAAGUGGUAUUGAAUAAAAUGCUAUGUAAUAAUUAUAUUUGAUAAUGGAAAGUGAAGUGUUCUAUAAAUACCUACCUACUAUCAAUAACUGACUGACUGACAGACAAUCCCCGCCCAAACAUGUUUGUCUUCAGACUUGAAAUUUGGCAUGGAAGUUCCUUAUUUUUUGGUAACUUCGAAUAUUACGCGAUAAUUUUGAAAAAUUCUCUCUUAAUGCCGUAUUUGUAACCGACUUCAAAAAAGAGGAGGUACCUAACCUACCUACAUAAAUUUUUUGAAAUAAUACCAAAACAAUUUAAUAGUUUCUUGAAGUCUGUUUUUUUUUUAUUGAUUUUAUCCUUUAACGCGUGUGUUCUCUAUUAAAGGUUUAAACAUUUCAUACGUAUCUGAAUCUCGGCAAAAUUGAACUUUGCGCCCGAGGUUUUGAUAAGUAAAUUAUUCCAAUAUUUUUGAGAUAAAAUUGCAUCCGAACCUAAACCCUACUUCAUAUUAAAUGUUGUUGAGAGACGUACUUAUGUAAACUUUUUGCUAAAUUCUCAACUUCUCGUUCAGACAAUAUUAUUUAUACAUACAUACAUAUGGUCACGUCUAUAUCUCUUGCGGGGUAGACAGAGCCAACAGUCUUGAAAAGACUGAAUGGCCACAUUCAGCUAUUUGGCUUAAUGAUAGAAUUGAGAUUCCAAUAGUGACAGAUUGCUAGCCCAUCGCCUAAAAAGAAUCCCAAGUUUGUUAGCCUUAUAUAUUAUUAUUUAUAUUGUAUCUUAUUGUAUAAUUUAAAUGUGACAUCUUGAAAUCUUGACUUCUUUCGUAUAAUUGAUAUUGUCAGAGGUGAGGUGUUAUUUUGUCUCUUCUGAAAUAAUAUAAGUAAUUGUUUUUCUGGCAUCUGAAUGAAUCAAUCUUGUUUACAAUAUAUUGCGAUAUUGUAAAUUGCAGAACAAAGCUUUUUUUUUUUCAAAUUUAUGUAAAUAUCGUUUAAAUGAUUAUUUAAAGACAAUGUACUAAAGUAUCUGCGUAAUAUGUAUAUUAUUCAGACCUGUCAUUCAAAAUUGAAUGUCAAUUUUAUAAAUUUAUCAUUGAAAAUCCCAUUUUAUCGCUAACUUGUAAAUAAGUUUUAAGAAUGGUAUGCUUUCCUAAAGUGAUAUUUACUUAGUACCUACUCUUUAAGUAAAAAUGAAGCCAAAAAAGCAAUAAAAUUAAAAAUUGUUAUUAAUGUAUAAUAUGUUAGGAUUAGUUUGAUUAGAUAUCAGUUUUAAUAUGAAAAAUUAUAUGUUUGCCUUUACAAAGUUUGUGUGAUGUUACAAAAUACCUACUAUCAAUAAUUGUUAAGAGUCAAAAAUGGUAGUAUACUCGUAGAUCUACAUGUUUGUUAUGACUCUACAUAAUUUUCGCUAGGAUAAGUGACAUAUGUAUGUACGCAGAUACAUUUAUUCUUUUCUAUUAAAUAGCUGGUUUAAGUAUAGCAGGUAAAGACAGUAUAAUAUUUUUAAUAAGGCUGAUUUUAACAUAAGAUAUGAUAAAGAAAUGUUGGAGAUGGCGUUAAAAUAAGUACGAGUGAGUACUAAUUUAGUUCAAUCAAUUGUAAACUUUAUAUGAAAUUGAAAAAGGUUGUGCAAUGAACUAGCCUUCAUGUACUAGUAUGUACUACAUAUUCUAAUGUAAAUCAUGCAAUAAAUGAGGAAAUUUUUA